UAUGGCUCAUUAAUGGUAAAUGUGGUGGUUGACAGAAGACCACAUUUUAGAAUUAUCAACCACAUUAUAAUAUUAUUCUCGGACGCCAGGUCUCCUUAACAUCAUUUCUCUUACUUUUUGUUUCAUUCCGCUAUUCACUCUAUCGCAUGACUCUCUUCCUAUACUUUUGUUUCUUUGCCUAACUUUGUUCCACCACAUCCCCUUUAUAAACCCCAAAGCCAGGGCAAAUUUCAUAGCAUACCACCGAUUUUUUAUCUUUUUUUCUUUUAUCUUUUUUUUUUUUGGAACUCAAAAAAUUUCUCUCUAAUGCCUCAAGCAGCUCUUCAAUGGCUGAGCCUAGUUGGGGCUAUAUGGCUUCAAUCCAUAAGUGGAACAAACACAAACUUUCCAGCUUACUCAUCCCAAUUCAAGCACAUGCUUUCCAUGUCCCAACUGCAACUCAACAACCUUGCCUUUGCAUCUGAUGCCGGAAAACUUCUCGGUUGGUUUUCCGGCAUUGCUGCUGUCUACCUCCCCCUUUGGCUAGUCCUCAUCAUCGGUUCGAUUCUCGGUUUGAUCGGCUAUGGCUUUCAAUACCUCUCUUUGAUAAACCAGAUACCCACUCUUUCAUAUCCCCUGAUCUUCUUCCUCACCGUCGUUGCCGGAAACAGUAUUUGUUGGAUCAACACCGUGUCGUACGUCGUUUGCAUUCGCAAUUUCACACGUAACCGGCAGGUCGCCGUCGGUAUAUCGACUAGCUAUCAAGGAUUAAGUGCGAAAAUCUAUGCAGAUGUUGUUGGUGCUCUGUUUUCUUCUUCACCUGAUAAAACGGCUAAGGAUUAUCUUCUUCUAAACUCCCUUUUCCCUCUGAUUGUUUGUUUCAUAUGUGGUCCGUUAGUGGGAGUUAUUGAUACCAAAAGCUCAAGAAAUGUAGACGCCGGUUUCAUCGCAAUGUUUGUGAUAACAAUUGCGACUGGAAUUUACUCUGUUAUCAGCAGUUUGGAUUCAAUAUCGAGUGAGAUGUCAGCUCUGCAUAAUUUGAUCGGUACCGGGGUGUUACUAUUGGUUCCGUUGGCGAUUCCACUCGUAGCAAAAAUCAGAGAAAAUUUUCCAGGAAAGUUGAAUAUGAACAGAGAAAACAGAGUAUACGAUUUUACCAUGGAGGAAAAAGACGAUGGUGGGGCGAGAUCGGUAGAGGAAGGGGUUAAAGAAGAAGAUGCAGAUCAUGAACAAGACGCUGGUCAAGUGGUGGAAGAUGUUAGUGCUAGAGAGGAGAUUGGAGCUAAGACAAUGCUGAAGAGAGUGGAUUUUUGGUUGUAUUUCUUCGUGUAUUUUUGCAGUGCAACACUUGGUAUGGUUUUCUUGAACAAUUUAGGACAGAUUGUAGAGUCUCGUGGGUCCUCUAAAACAUCUGCUUUGGUUUCUCUGUCUUCUUCCUUUGGGUUCUUUGGCCGUCUCAUACCUUCUCUCCUAGACUAUUUUCUCUCAAGGAGUAAAUAUAUGAUUUCGGGACCCGCUUUGAUAGUGCUCUUAAUGGCUCCAAUGGCAGGAUCUUUUUUCUUACUUCUUAACUCAACUGAUUUCUGUCUCUAUAUCAGCACCGCCAUUAUAGGAGUUUGUACUGGAGCAAUUACUUCCAUUUCAGUGUUAAUAACCAGAGAUCUAUUUGGAACCAAAAAUUUCUCAGUCAAUCAUAAUGUUGUGGUCGCAAAUAUACCAAUAGGGUCAUUUCUGUUUGGUUACAUGGCUGCUAUUCUUUACCGUAGGGAAAGAAAUGGAGAUGAAAAUUGCAUGGGGAUGGAAUGCUAUACAAACACUUUCAUCAUCUGGGGUUGUGUUUGUUUUCUCGGAAUCAUCCUGGCUUUAAUUCUAUAUGCUCGAACACGAAAAUUCUAUCUCCAAAAAGAUCGGAGUUGAUCGAUCUUUCAUAUGGAAUUGAUGGGAUAAAAAAGAUCUUGUGUCUCUGUUUUCAUGUCUCUCGUUGACAGUACUGCCACUAAUUCUGAUGUCCAUUCUGACUGUAGAAUGACAGAUCACGACUAUGAUCUACUGGCAUCAGGAAAGGCAAAAAAAAAAAAUAAAUAACACAAACGUAUAGCUAGCUACUACAGCACGUGCUUCGAAUUUUUGACGUAGAAGAAAAACCCCAUCUAUAUAUAUAUAUAUACACUAUAUUAUAUAUCAAUACUUCAAUAUACAUGUAUACAUACAUGUUUGUAGAUGGAGACUUUUUGUUUUUUUUUUUUUUCCUUCGGGCAACAAGUUUGUAGAUGGAUGAAUUUAUAGUAAUACAUAUAGUAAUCAACUUCAAUUGAAGGUCUCUUU